AUGGGCGAUGACCUGGAUCGGCUGCUGGGUGAAAUAGAGAGGAGGUUCUGUGGGAGUGUGUCAGUGUCUGGAGACGUAAAGAAAACGGAACAACUAAAAGAAAAGCAGACAAAGUCAAGCUCAAGCAAGAGCAAAGGACCAGUGUGCAGCGACAAUGAAGAUCUCGAUGACUUCAUAGACAAACUGCUGGAGGAAGACCGUGAGAUCUCUCCUACAAAACAGGCCGAGCGCUCUCCUAAAGGCGCGGCUGUGAAGACCUAUUCUAGUCUAACCGGGGACAGAAAGUGUGCUCCAGUUUUUAUCGGGGGAAGCUCAGCCCAAAGGGGAAUCGGGACCAGCACAUCCCAGAGGUCAUGUGACCAGUUGCGGUGCACUUCCUGUGACUUCAGCGUGGUCACCUUUGAAGACAGUGAGUGGGACCCCAGCUGUGACUAUCUGUUCUUCAGGAACAAUGUCCCAGAGCGCUGGAAGCUCCAGAGCAUGCUGAACAGCAGACAAGGCUUCAGGUCGUACUGCUGCCAGUGCAGCUGGACCGCGGUGAGGGAACUGAGGGAGCUAAGGGAGCUGAGGGAGCUGCUACAAUGGGUGUGUUCUGGCAAACACCUGCUCUGA